AUGAAUCCAACCUACCCAUCAAAUUCGGCUCCUUAUGAAGAAAGCUUUCAACGCGGCUACGGCGCAAUCGGAAAUAUGGAAAGAAGACCAGAUUUCCAUCAAGCGGUUAAAUGCUUCAUCGAAUAUCAAGAAAGCAGGAUUGGCCAAGCCACAUCCAUUACAGUAAUUACGGAACGCUUCAGAAUUAAAAGAAGGCGUUUAUACGACGUCCUCAACGUCUUCGAGAGUCUUGGCGUUUGCGAAAAACCUGGUGUUGAUCUCUUUAUCUGGCAUGGCUUACGCAAUCUCAAAUCUAUCCUCAUCAACAAGUAUAACGAAAUUAUCGGAUCGAACAAAGCUGAUAUAUCAAGCCUACAACCUUACGAUCAUUCUAUCGGAAUUCAAAAUUUAACUGUUGCUCUUAUUAUGUUCUUCUAUGUUACGGAUAUAAUUACUAUAGAUCUUCGCGUUGUUGCCUACAUUUUUGCAGGCGGAUCCAACAAGUUUAGAAUGAUCUUAUGCAAAUUAUAUCAGGUAGUCGAUAUUUUAUCGACGGUCGGCGUCAUAUUCAGAUCACAGUCUGUCUCAGUAGUUACAUUGGCACCAGACUAUUUCACUUUGCCAAAAUCGGUGCCUGUUGUUUCUUCUGUUCCAGAUGUCCUUAGUGUUGACUUCCUCCUUAAUAAGAACCCGAAGAUUUCUAUGAUUAAUGAUAGCAGAGCUAAAUACGAGUUCGUUCUUAAGAAGGUUCAGCAGCUCAUUCAAUAG